AUGAAUAAUACAAUCAAUUAUAUUGAUAAGAUUGAAGUACUUUACACUUUAAUCAACAUCAAGUUGAUACCAACAAAUUCCCAUUGCAUCGUGAAUGAUGCAUACCAUUUUUUGAAAUUAAAUUCCUUCGUCGGUAAUCAUAAUACUAUAUUUGACCCACAAAUUUGUGAAGAUGAUUCGGAAUCGGAAGAAAAAGCAUACGUACGAACCGCAUUUCUCGAUGUCUUGAUGAUUCAUUAUGCUGACUUCUGGUCCGUAACUCAGGUCAAUGGGCUUACCGCCAAAUCUUGCAAUCCUGUUUCUGAUCCGCAACUACUAGUCUUUAGUGCUGUCGACAUGGAUGGGAUAGGACGCCUUGCAGAAGCUUAUAGUUCCUACUUUGCAGGUCAUGCUUUGCAAACUCAAAUCAAUCAACUCUCUUUAUUGAGGAACCUAGCUUACACUCUUUCUUUUCGACGAUCUGCGCUGACAUGGAGAUCCUUCGUUGUCACUGAUAGUUUGACCGAUGUAAUGGAUCUUUCGAUCAAGCUAUCGUCACCAAUCAGGGCUGCCUCUUCUCUGGGCGUUGCCUUUAUUUUCACAGGCCAGGGUGCACAGUAUUCUAGAAUGGGGAUGACUUUACUCUCCUUUCCUGCAUUUUGCAACACAUUCAAGAAAGCCGAAGAAGUAUUUCGCCAGCUUGGAUGUACCUGGUGUCUUUCUGCCACUUUGUACCGCUCUGCAACUUGCGCUAAUAGAAUUACUUCGAGAAUUUGGUAUAUUGCCUACUAUUGUGUGGGACAUUCCUCUGGCGAAAUCGCCGCAGCUUACGCGUGUGGUGGUCUAUCUUUCGAAUCUGCAUGCAAGGUAGCCUUCUUUAGAGGGCAGGUAGCUAAGAAAAUUCGGCACAGUUAUAAACAUCCUCGUGCAAUGAUAUCUAUCAACCUUGCAGAAUUCGAGGUUCAGCCAUAUCUAGCAGAAGCUUUGGGCCUUUCCAAUUCCGGAAGCCUCACUGUAGCAUGCGUUAAUAGUCCCUGCAAUGUGACACUCUCAGGCUUGGAAAGGGAAAUUGAUUUGCUUCAACAGCAACUUAAUACUGAUGGGAUAUUUGGGCGCAAAUUGAAAACUGGUGUUGCUUAUCAUUCCCCUCAAAUGAAUGAUGUGGCAGAUGAAUACUCUGAGCUACUACAAACCUUGGCAAUAGGUCAAACUCCCCUAUCGCCUAUCCUUAUGAUAUCUUCGGUCACAGGUGAACGUAUUUUCGACUUGGAGAGCCUCAGUCAAGCUCAAUAUUGGGUCGGAAAUAUGGUGAGUCAAGUUAACUUUUCGAAGGCUUAUGAUGAUCUUGUUGCUACAGCAAUAUCAUCUCCCAAGAGGAAACUGGGUGCAAAAAAUCGCAGUUUUGAAGUUUGCGAUGUUUUGGAAAUCGGGCCACAUCCUGCACUACAGCGAUAUGUCAAGGAGAUUUCCGAGAGAUUAAGUCCUAAAUCAGGACUGAGAUACCACUCUACCCUAUCGCGUAAUACUUCCAGCGCUAUUGCCAUGAAAGAGUUGGCUGGUCGCCUAAGUUCCUUAGGCUACAAGAUCAAUUUUGAUUGUGUGAACGAGCCUCAAAAUUCUUGUGACUCCCGGAAAAAGCUUUUGGUCGACUUACCAGAAUAUCCUUUUAAUCAUUCCCGUUCAUGUUGGCAUGAGCCAAGGAGACGACAAGAGCUUAUUUUCAGGAAACAUCCUGAGCUUGAAUUGCUUGGCACGCCAAUAAGUGAUGGAAACCUCCUAGAAUCUAGGUGGCGCAAGAUUUUUGAUCCAACAAGAGUUUCCUGGAUCCAGGAUCACAAGGUUAAUGGGAAAGUCAUAUAUCCAGCAACCGGUAUGAUGGUGAUGGCCAUAGAAGCUUCAAAGCAGAUGGUAGCAAAAGAUCAAAAAAUAAACGGAUUCAGGUUGAAAGAUGUCAUCAUCUCAAGUCCAAUUCAGAUAUCCGGCCAGGAUCCUAAAACAGAAGCGCAAUUAUGUAUGCGAUCGCUGCAGAAUUCAUCUGACAAAGACUGCACAUCUUCCGAGUUCCGUAUACACGCCAUCAAUAAUGGUCACUGGAAGGAGGUCUGCCGCGGAAUAAUUCAGGUUGAGCAUCAGACUGAUAUCACCGAGGUUGACUGCGGUAAAGUGAAACGAGACGAAAAAGACGACUAUACAUUGAAAUACAAAAUUGCUGCUCAGUUAGGGCCAUCAUUCAAAAAAUUAGAUAAAAUAUUCCACGACGGAAAUAAGGCUUCAAUUGCAGACCUUACCACAUUUGAUUGGGCAGGAUAUGAAGGUAUCGAAGCAGUAGAGCCUCACACCAUUCAUCCUACUACCUUGGACGCUCUCAUGCAACUUUCAUGGAUUCCUCUUACAGACGGAUGUUCAACUAAAAUACCGACAAUGAUUCCCACCCGAAUUGAUAAUGCUUGGAUCUCUAGUACCGGUCUGAGCUAUCCAGAGACUCAAUCAAUACAGGUUUAUUGUACAGCAGAAAGGAAAGGGUCUCAGAAGGCCGAAAUUUCUAGUUUUGCUUUGGACCGCAUGGGUAAACUCAUAUUAUCCUUAUCUCGCCUAGAAUCAAGCACAGUCUCCGAUAAUGUAACAUUUUUGAAACCACAUGAAGUACUUCGUUUCCGUCGAUCAGAAACUAUCGAAGAUGUUGAGCGAUUCAAAGUCUACCAAACUUUAGAAUUCAUGUUGAAAUACUUCGCUAGGAAAGCGCUGAACGAAAUCUCAGAAGUUGAAGAAGAUAACGCCAAGCCAUUUAUCCAAAAGUAUCUUACAAGUCUCCGGCGUCGUUUGAAGGCUUGUGAGAAAAACACUUCUUCAAGUGAGCUUCUUUCAAGUGCCGAGGGGGUCAAUGAUGAUUCUGAGAUUGAUGUAAUUAUCUCCAAAGACAUGAAAGAUCAUCCACUGGUGAGGACUUACCUUGCUAUUGGAAAAGAACUCCCAGGGAUUAUAAGAGAUCAGGUUAAUCCACUAGAAAUUCUUUUCUCGGGGGAAAAAGUGGCAGAAUUGUAUUAUCGAGAUAUUUGCAUGAGAGAGACUUAUGGCAAGGAUAUCGCCAAGUAUCUUGACUUAAUUGCACAUCAGAACCCCGGAUUGAAUGUUUUGGAGAUAGGUUCGGGGACAGGAGCUUUCACAGAGUGUGUGAUGUCAGUUUUACUUCAACGUGACGGAACGGAGCGAUGCACGGAGAGAUUCAAUUCUUAUAAUUAUACGGAUAUCUCACCAAGCUUUUUUGAACAAGCCCGUGAGAAGUUUGAGACAUCGACAAAUAAGAUCCAGUUCCGCGUGCUGGAUAUUGAAGGUGAUAUUGUGUCCCAGGGCUUUGAAGAAGGAUCGUUUGAUUUACUUCUUGCCCACAGUGUUCUACAUGCUACAAGUAGCCUAGCACAUACACUGCGAAACUGUCGCAAAUUAUUGAGACCUGGCGGAAAGCUUAUUAUGCUUGAGAAUACGCAACCGGAUCUAAUGAGGACAGGAUUUGUGUUUGGAACUUUGGAGGGCUGGUGGCUGGGCACGGAGAAAUUUCGUUCAGACGGUCCUUGUGUUUCAGAGGAAACUUGGCAUACAGUUCUCCUCCAAAAUGGUUUCACUGGUGUCGAUUUCUCGAUUCGCGACACCGAUGACCCCAGAUAUCAUGAGUACAGUCUCAUUGUGUCCACGGCAAACAAUGAAGAAACACCUCUCACUGUCCAGAAGAUAAUUUUUCUGGUCGAUCUCACAUCUUCCCAACAAGUUGAGGUUGUGAAGAACAUUAGAGCGUGCUUGAAACCUUCCAUCGACAUUGAGAUCAAAUUACUGUCAUUCAAAGAGACAAUUUCUAUUACAGAUGCACAAUCUUCUUCGGAUUUUGAUGUCCUCAAACAAAUCUCAAAAGAUACGGGAUCCGCAGCUUUUAAUGGUCUAGUCGAUGGACUGGCUAGAGUUCUACGUUCAGAACUUGACAUUGCCUUCAUCACUUUACAUAUCAAGGGUAAUGGGACUGAUCCCAAGAAGUGGAGGGAGACUAUUGCAUCCGUUCUUUCUCAAAAGAUUUUGGGUACAGGAAUGAGCAGCGACAUGGAAUAUGUGGAUCGUGAUAGUUUGUUGUACAUUGGUCGCAUCAGAGAAGCAAAAGCUCUUGAUCAACAGGUACACACUAGGAUACAUGAACAAACGAGAGAUGUUCGAAUCGAUCAAGCAGGAGCAGUAGCCUUGACAUUAAAAAGGCCUGGACUGCUCGAAUCUCUUCACUUUAUUCAAGAUGAAAAGUUCCAAGUGGAGAUUGGUCCAGACGAAGUGGAGAUCAAACUUCAAUAUACCGGUCUAAACUUCCGCGAUCUUCUUGUGACACUUGGUCGAUACCAUAAUAACGACAAUCUUCUAGGCUGUGAAAUUACUGGUAUAGUCACUCGGGUGGGAGUCAAUUGCAAGACCUUUGUGCCAGGUGAUAAAGCCUAUAUAGCGAAAUUCGGAUGUAUGAAUACAUAUGUCAGAGCACAUUCGGAUCUUGUUCUUCAAAUUCCCGAAAAAAUGGCUCCAGAGGAGGCUGCAGGCAUGAUCAUGGCCGGAUCUACCGUAUAUCACUCUCUCAUCAACGUUGCAAAGCUCAAAAGUGGAGAAUCGAUUUUGAUUCAUGCAGCGUCCGGAGCAACUGGUCAAAUGGCAAUCCAGAUCGCGAAAAAUUUGAGUUGUGAUAUAUAUGUUACUGUGGGAUUUGACCAAAAGAAAGAAUUGCUUAUGGAGCAAUAUGGUAUCGCUGAAGACCACAUUUUCUAUAGUCGUAACUUUCAAUUUGCAAAGGGGAUACAACGUAUGACACAAGGUCGUGGGAUAGAUGUUGUCCUCAACUCAUUGUCUGGAGACGCGUUAAUCGCAACUUGGGAGUUAAUUGCACCCUAUGGAAGAUUUAUCGAGCUCGGUACACUUGAUAUAUACACCAAUACCAAGCUACCUAUGUCAUCCUUUGCAAAGAACGUCACAUUCGCCGCGAUCACCAUUGAUUCUCUGAACAUUGAGAGACCAAAAGAAUUUCGAGAGAUAAUGCUUAAUGUCAUCGACUAUUUUCAUAGGGGGAUAUUUCAUUCUUUCAAACCAUUUCACGUGAUAUCUAUUGAGAAUCUUAAAGGGGCCAUGAGACUAUCACAGAGCGGUAAAACAUCUGGAAAGAUAGUUCUAAGCAUCGAUGGAGCAGAUGUAAUCCCUGCAACUAUUCAACCGCAAGCACUGUGGAGCUUUGACUCAAAAUCAUCAUACAUAAUAGCAGGUGGCUUGGGCGGUUUGGGUAGAAGUGCAGCACUAUGGAUGGCCGAUAAAGGAGCAAGGUAUCUCAUUCUAUUAUCACGAUCUGGACCUACGACAGAUGCCGCUACUUCUUUGCUGAUCAAGCUACGUGAUAUGGGGUCCUCUGUCGAAGCACCGAAAUGCGACAUUACAUCUUCUGAUCAACUAAGAAAAGCUAUCUCGCAAUGCUCUAGAGCUUUUCCUCUCAUCAAAGGAUGUAUACAAGCUACGAUGGUUUUAAAGGAUGUCCUAUUUGAGAAGAUGAGUUUCGAAGAUUGGUCGGCAGCUACAUCUCCAAAGGUCCAGGGCACAUGGAAUCUCCAUAGAGCUUUGCCGGAUAACCUCGAUUUCUUUAUACUCCUUUCUUCCAUCGCUGGCGUGUUUGGAUCAAUAGGUCAAUCAAACUACGCCGCCGGAAACACAUUCCAAGAUGCAUUCUGUCUUUACAGGAACAGUCAAGGUCAAAAAGCAAUUUCUCUCAGAUUAGGUAUCAUGAACGAUGUAGGCAUCAUUAGUGAGAAUCCCGAUGUACUCAAAAAUAGGGACCUUGUAAAUGAAGUCGCAUCGGUCAAAGAAGAAGAGUUUCUUGCACUUCUUGAUUACUACUGUAAUCCUGAUAAUCCACUAGAGUUACUAGCAUCAGAGGAGGCUUUACCCAUUAUCUGUCUCUUAGCGCCAUCACAGUUGUUCGCUCAGGGAUUAGAAAUACCAUCCUGGGCUCAAACACCCACUUUCAGUCCCCUUGCAUAUAUUGGCCGAGACGAUACUCUUUCAACCGAUACCAAAUCUCCUGAAAGGAGCUUCAAAUAUCAACUGCAAGCUGCAGAUUCUGUAAAAGUAUUAAAGGAAGUGGUAUCGACAGCAAUAGUAAUGAAGUUGGCGAAAGCAUUGGGGACUGAAGUAGCGGAUAUUGAUACAAAUAAGCCAUUUCACGCGUAUGGUGUCGAUUCUUUAUUGGCAGUGGAGUUGCGCAAUUGGUUUGGCAAAGAGCUGGGUACGAACGUGGCCGUCUAUGAUAUCAUGGGGGCGGAAAGUAUCAGAGUCAUGAGUGAUGUUGUUGUGAGAAAUAGUUCUUUGAUUUUUUGGAAGGAGGAAGCGUAG